AUGCUCGUCUUCAGAAAGCCCUCUCCGGCAGCCCAGAUUGCCUCUGCAUCGAUGCCAGGACCAGUCGACGACGAUAGCGGUGACGAACAUGAGCCGAGUCCCGGCCUGUCGCGCCAGACCAAGAAGCCGAAAGGUGACAAGCGAGCUCGAAACGAAGACUCUCCUUCAGAAGCGCCCAAGAAGAAGUAGAAAGGCUCUGGUGACGGUGAUGGUGACGAUGAGGACAAUGGUGGUGACAAGGAUGGUAAAAGCGGCAAAACCUCAAACAAGAAGAAGCCGUCCAAGAAGUCAACGAAGGCAUCUGAGCGCGAAAUUUCACUAGACGAAGACGAUCCGAAAGUUGAUGAGGUAGGUCAAUCAUUCCCUGCGCUCUUGAGCUUUGCUAACGUUCCCAAGGCCCAUCGGAAAUUCGCCGCCCAUGCCUCUCCGUAUCUCCAAUCGAAUGAUCCGACCCUUCGAAACAUCCAGCGUAUCGCGAAGCAUUUGACCUCAGUCGAGCUUCUUCGAAAGGUGAAGCCAUGGAUUACCGGCAAGAGUGAGGUCACUCAGGAGCAGAAAUUGUUGCAUUUCGACAUCGCUGGCAAAUCACUCCGUCAAAAAGGCCGCGAGCGUGAAGGCGCUGGAAUGCUGUUCAAAUUCUCUCGGUGGGGCCCAAAUGCUGAAGACAAAGGCGCACACAAGUCUCCAUAA